AUGGCGAGGGCGCUAUCAGGAAAACACACCAAAACUGAGAAUUCAGAUGAGACAUCAGCUCAAAUGGAGACUUCAGACUCAAAAAAAUGUGGGAAGACUGUAACAAACUAUUGAUGGAGGAAGUUGGAGCCAGAGGGCUGGCUAGAGAAAGGUACAGAUGUGAAGUUCGGCACUGAGGAUCUCACGGCACAGCUCAAGCAGAUAGCAUGCUGGGAUCGUGUUCAAGACUACCAGGCUUGGAACUCCCUUAGAGCAGUGGAGCUGGAGGGUGAAGCCCUCUUCUAUCACAGUAACUGCAAAGAGCCAGGCAUCACAGCACUUAUGAAGACUGUGAAAGAGGCUUACACAGAUCACACACAAUUUGAGAAAAACAAUCCCCACUGUGACCCAUUCAGCAAAGAGGUCAACCCCAAACAGUUCGUGAUGGAUGUACAGUUUGUUCAGAUAAUGAAGCAUUUAAUCUCCCUGGUUGAACUUAAAACCUAUCACCAAGCUCACAAAGCUACUGGUGGUCCCUUAAAACACAUGGCGCUCUUCACUCGCCAGAGAUUCUCAAUUCAGCUCCUUACCCAAGAAAUAUUUAAUUUUAUUUUAAGCCUAGAAGAAAAAGAACCAAGGCAACUGAAGCUCUACUGGUGGAAUGGACAAGACAUUACUCCAAAGAAGGCAAGCUUUCAUAAAGUAGAAGAAGUCAUGGAAAGGCUUGCUUGGUGGCUGUCCCUCUUUGUGGCCACUGUGCAUAGCAGCAGCCACUGGGGAGAAAAGGGGCCACCCCCAAGAUGUGGUGGAGACCAGCUUGGCCUCAGCUGCCCCCGCUCCCAGGCACAGGUGCUCACUGCGUGGGCAGCCCAGACAUCGGCGUAUUGCUCUGCUGAUUCCCUUGGGACUUUGCAGUUCCCUGCCCUGGCCCAGAUACUCAACCUGUGCUGA